UCAAAUGCAAACCAACAGUUCUGAGUCGAUUGACGCAAGCGGUGGAAGCUCAAUAUAAUUAGAAAAUAGAACAAAAUGUUUGUGUUUUUAGUCGGUUUAUUAGUGACAUCGGUCGCAUUAUAUUUGUAUUUAUCGUGGGACUUUGAUUUUUGGCGACGCCGAAGAGUAGCUGGGCCUGUUCCACGCGCUUAUCUUGGAACCUUCCCAAAAACAGCAUUGUUCGAUAAAAAUUCCAAUUACAUUCAAGAAACUACGGAAAUUUACCGGAAAUAUUUUCGAAAGCAUCGUUUCAUCGGCGUGUUUGAGUACCGCACUCCAAAAUUGUUAUUCUUGGACCCAGCAUUAGUAUCAAAUAUUUAUACGAAAUACUUCAAACACUUUGGCGAUAAUUCAUUGAGCGAUGUGAUAACAUGGCGAGCAGAUCCGUUAUUCAAGCCAAAUCCAUUUAUCGAAAAACUGGCACAAUGGAAGGAAAGACGAAUGGAACUUGCACCCGCCUACUCAAUGUUAAAGGUUAAAGCCAUGUAUUCGGCCACAGAAAAUUCAUGCCGACAAUUGGAACAAUAUAUUGGCAGUAAAAUUGAAUCGAAGCAAGCGAUUGUGGCAUCCAAAGAUAUAUGCUCACGUUUUAUAGCCGAUGCGCUUUGCAAUGUGAUUUUCGGUUUGGAUGCAAAAGCAUUCGAUGAAAAGUCCGAUUUUGUAGAACAAUCCCUUGGAAUGUUCCACUCAACGCCGUAUGACCACAUUCGCUUUGCUGUCUACACAAUAUUUCCUUGGCUCGGUAAAAUCUACCCCAAUCAAUUAACGUCAACGGAAUUCACGAAAUGGUUCAAAAAUAUGUUUGACCAAGCCGUUAAACUGCGCAAACAGAACAAUAUUUCGCGUGAUGAUUACUUAAACUAUUUGAUUGAAAUGCGAAAUAAGAAGAAUACGCCAAUGGAUUUGAUUUAUGCACACGCCUUCACCUUCUUUUUGAAUGGUUUCGAAACAACAUCGUACAUACUUGGCAAUGCGGUGAAUAAUAUCGCUCAACAUAAAGAAUGCCAAGAGAAAUUACGAGCUGAGAUCAAAAGCUAUGAUCACAUCACUUUUGAAGAACUUCAUCAGAUGCCGUACAUGGAUGCUGUGGUCAAUGAGACGACACGUAUAAGCCCGUUUCCAUUUCCAAUUUGGAAAAAUUGUACGGAGAGCAUCGAUCUCGAAGAUUUCGAUGGCAAAAUAGUUCACAUUGAAAAAGGAGUGAAAAUUAUUUUACCCAUUAACGCACUUCACAGCCAUCCUGAUUAUUAUGAAAAUCCGGAGAAAUUUGUUCCAGAACGUUUUGAUGAGAGCACUGGUGGUGUUAAACGGCUGAAAGAUGCCGGGGUUUUCAUGCCCUUUGGGAACGGGCCACGAAUUUGCUUAGGUUUGUGCAUUUCACGUUCAGACUAAACAAUGUUUGGGUGAAUAGGAUUUUUUUUACUCGAAAUGGAAUAUUCAUUUGACACCCAUAGAAUGAAAAAAGAAUUUCUGAACUCUUUGCCGAUAAAUGAAACGA